UUUAUUUUUAUACAUUAUUUAUACAUAUCAUGCAACUUGGUUUAAGGCAAAAUUCCACUUACACCUAGUGUUAAUGUGUUAAUCCUAAAAUUUUAUAUGUUGGUAGGUUAAAGUGAUUUUUAGCGCCAAGGAUGGAGGAGUCUUAUAUGUAAAUUUUAGUUGGUUUUAUCAUUUUUAUACAUGUGCCGAUAAGUAUAUGAUGACAUCUAUGCAAAAUUGUGUUCGAUUUUAUUGAAAACGAUUCAGUCGUCUGUUGAAACCCCAGCCAUGUGUUUGUCUAGGUUAUAGUUUUAAUUCUUAUGCAAAACUUGUGCAAAGAUUAAUCCACUAUAUAAGUUUUAGUCCAUGUGAUAAAUAUUUUACCAAAAUGUUCAAAAGUCAUUUAGAUAUGUUGGGGACAGGACAAUUUUCUGAUCAAGUCUUGACAGUUGUAGCUGUAACAGAAAACAAUGAGAAAGUCGUGAGGAAUAUCAAUGUACACAAAAUUGUAUUAGCUGGAGGCAGUCCUGUCUUUGAAAGAAUGAUUUUUGGAUGUUCGAGUUACCAAGUUGAGGUUCACAUUCACGAAGAUGAGUUUGUGCUGUUUUACAAGUUUUUAGAGGCUAUUUAUUCAAGAGGACAAUCAAUAGAUUUUUCUUGCCUUACUACACUAGAAAUAGUACGCUUGAUUACAAUUGCUCACCGAUAUAUGGCAGAAGAUAUUGUUAAUAUAUGUGCAGUAAAAUUAAUUCCUGAGCAAAUAUGUCAUGAAACUUUUGAAGUAUUUAAUUUGGCCUGUAUGUAUGAUAUUGAGGAGCUGAAAAAUAAGUGUAUAAAGUUUUUUCAAGAACAUGUGAAGGAUUUUUUUGCCCAUGAGGGCUUUAUAUAUUUAACAUCAGAUGCUCUUAACACAAUAUUGCAACUAGAAGUUUUGAAAAUUGAUACAGUGAUUGAGAUUUUCAACGCAGUCGUAAGGUGGGCUGAAAAUAUUUUAUAUGAUUCUGAGUGCCAUAUGGAUGAAGAUGAUUCGAGCUUACGUGAUAGCAAUGUAUUUUGUUCUACAAUGGAAGCGAAAUGUAGUAGUGAACAAGUUCAAAUGGAUACAUCUGAUACACCUGAUCCUGAUUCCGGUAUCCAUUCGACCACAACUUUCCAUAAUCUUUCUGCAAAUAAUUCAAAACCAAUUCAAAACUUUACCGGUUACAGAAACUUUAAAAAAGAAUCUGUAGCCGAGUCAACAAUGAUGGACUGGUCUCCAGAAGAAAAAAAAAUCGAUCCGAAUUAUGGAAACAAGAUACGAGAAAUUUUAAAAAACAGUGGAGUAUUGAAACGUAUUAGAUUUUGUACCAUGAGUCCGGUAGAUUUUGGAACACAUGUUGUACCGAAACAAAUUUUAAACAAGUAUGAGGUUUCAAUAAUUUUUCUUGUAAUUAACAUGCUCACAAAAUCAGAAAGUGGUUGGGGAUCUAGGUUAAUAGAUGGUUUAAUAUCGAGGAAUAAGAAUUAUCUUACAGAUAUUUGUUUGAACUCCACUUCGCAAAUUAUUGAAGCAAGAUCUUUAGAAUGUACUACAGGGGUUCUCACAUUUGAUUUCCACAACCGAUUUUGGAAGCGCAAGUCAUCUUUCGGGUUCACCACCGAAACUUUUCAAUGUUCUUCAAAAGUGCCGAUCGUAAUAGAAGGUGUGAUUAUGCCACCGAAAUGCAAACUAACCAAAAGAAUCGGUGCCAGAUAUGAAGAAGGGAUCACAAUUCAUAUUUACAAAACAUCUUCAGAAUCUAAAGCAGGCGAAGUGAUAGCUGAAUGUAACCAGAAAGUACGGAGACCUUAUGGAAGUAAUUUCGAGUACCCUAUCAAGUAUUCGCUGCACGAAUCCCCCAGGGUUCUGUACGAGGGCCAAUGGUUUACUGUUUUGAUAAAAUUUCACAAAAGAGGCGAUUAUUAUGGCGGAAUAGGUUAUCGUGAAACUAGUAUUAAUAACGACAUAAUCAGCGUUUCUUCCAAAAAACAAUUUGGCAUCAUACAAGGAUUCCGAUAUAGAACGAUAGUAUAAAAUAUUAAUAUUUUAUUUAUAUAAAAUAUUUAUAUGUAUAU